AUGGGGUUUAUUCUUUCAAGGUUAUACCGAGGGCCGACCUUUGCUAUUCUGGUGCUGAAGCCCUUUCGGGCUAAGCGGUACACCGUAGUGGAUGAGUUUCUGAGUUUAGUGCUGAAGGGGCAUAAGGUGCUAAUUAGACACCAAAGCGAGUAUCUGACCUACCACAAGAUAUCGUUCAUGGGUCGAAACAUUUCGGUCUUGGAAAUGCACGAUGAAGAGAAGGCUGAUCUCUUCUGGGACUGCAUCCAGAACAUGAAUGCUGUGGCAUACUUUAUUGGGUGUGUUGAAGAGGAGAACUGGGAGCAGGUGCUGAGUAAUAUCGAGAGCAUUAAGAACACCCACGAAUCGGCUCCGCUGCUCUUAAUAGUAGUUAGAAUUGGGCUGGAGGAGUCUCGGUAUGUGACUUUUAAACGGCAGAUCAAGAAGGUGUUGGAAGAACGAAGCUACAAAAUUGUUGAUGGCGCACGGCAAGUCAACGAAGAAUUGGCCCCAAGCAAAGAGACAAUUUGCCAAGGCUUAUCAUGGGUUCUUUUGCAGAAGUAA